AAAUGGAAUAAUCUUUCUGACGAUUUCGACAGCAGUAUCAUGAUUCAGUGUUUCCUUAUUGUUGUAAAAUGUGAUAUAAAUAUUAAUAUGCUAGGAGUUUAAUACCAGUUGGAAAACAUUUGAGCGCAACAAAAACGUUGUCACUAUGCAAUAUAACGAGGCAUGAUACCUGUAGUGCAAACGAAUUUAACAAGAGAAGAAAGGUUGGACAAUCAUACGUUAUUAAAAUACCCGAUCGCUAAAGAAGUAAGCAAAUAGUAGACAAUUGAUUGAGCCACGAUUCAACUGCCGAAAAAUGAAAUAAAAUAUAUUGAAGCUAUCGAUAACAAAAGUCUGUAAGUACAGGUUGGUACAAUGAAAUUAUUAGGCAUUAUUGGAAAAAGUUUAGAUAUUACCAAUACUGUGCCAGUAUAUUUACAUUAUUCUACGACGUUACAUGAAAACAGCUCUAUUGUUGAGUGUAUUAGUGGAUUUAUAAAUGUGUCUUCGCUAAAACGUAUGGACAUGCCUGGAGUCUAGAAAGCAAAUACUUGUUAAUAGAACGACAGCAACGACGUUGUUAAAAAAAGAGAUGAUGUAAAGGAACACAAUUGUCGACGGACCAUUUGAUUAAAUAGUUAAGUGGUAACGAUAUCCAUAAAGCAAAAAGGACAAAAGACAAGAGUGUAUCAAAGAGAUUAAGAAAAAUCUGGGUGUCUAUUUUACAGCCAAAUGUUAACUACACCAUAGAGAUAUUGGCUGGCUGGGGAUAGUUAAAAGAAAAGGAACACGUGGAUUUAAACACAGCCAAACAGAUGCCUGAAUUAAAGAUGUUGAAAAUAUUGACAGUAAUAGGUGUAUUCUUUGUAAUUCCUGGGUUUGUGCUUGUAACAGCCCAAGGCGUCGGGGGCAGCGCACCUUCCUACAGCACGGACCUUGAGACAGAGCUACGCACAGCUCUAUUUACAGGAUAUGAGGUUCUCCAGAGACCCAUGGAACAGGUCAAGGUGAAAGUGUCUUUGAACCUGAUCACCGUUAAUUCUUUGGACAUCAAGGCGCAGACUCUUUCCACAUCCGGUUUCUUUCAGCUUUCGUGGCCUGACAACCGUCUAGAGUGGUCAUCGAACACCAACUAUGAUAAUGUCCGAUUUAUAUUCUCCACCGAAACAUACACCUGGACUCCAAAACUCGUAAUUGAAAAUAGCGUAAAUGACCUUGAAGUGUUCAGCGAUGUGAACACACUGAUUCGACUGAAUUCCGUAGGCGCCGGUAUUUGGACACCAGGGGGCGUGUUCGAGACGAGUUGUGAAGCAGAUAUCACCUAUUACCCACUUGAUACGCAGACAUGCAGCAUAAUUUUAACAACAUGGUCGUACACAUCAAACGAGAUAACUCUGUCAUUUGACGACGACGCAUUCAUUUUGGACAACUUUAGCGAAAACGGGGAAUGGGAGUUGCUGGAGACAUCAAACACUUCGGAAUCCGCCGGAAGGUCAAAGUCCGAGUCCUACACUUACGACAGAUUGUAUUUCACUUUGAAGUUAAGGAGGAGACCCCUUUAUCACAUCUUGAACACUAUCUUCCCCGUGAUUCUCAUGUCCUGUCUGAUCGUGUUUGUGUUCAAACUGCCCCCUGAGUCGGGGGAGCGAGUCGGGAUGUCUUUGACAGUGUUGUUGGCUUACGCCGUGUAUCUGACGCUGAUAACAGAUAAUAUUCCACAGACAUCACUAAGCGCUAGUAUUCUGUCCACAUACCUCACGAUCAUCCUAAUGUUGAGCACGCUCUCGGUGAUCUUCACGAUUGUCGUCCUUGACAUUUACUUCAACCAUGACGAUGACGAAGCGCCCCCUGAUUGGCUUCAGAAAUUCACAAAAAUUUUCUUGGUUAACAUUACGUGCUGGAAAGGAGAAGCAUGUUGCAGACAAGGGAAAGUUAAGCCAUCCACUGGCUCUGAUUCGCGCAUUGCUUUGGUGGAUCUGGAUAAUGUCAACGAUGCAAAAACAAGGAUUAAUUCCCCAAGCGGCAAGGUGCCGUUGACAGAUGAUGAAAAUGAAGAAAACACCAAACCCGAUGAAAAAUAUUACUCGUGGAAGGAGGUUGCUCUCAUUCUGGAUCGCUUCUUUAUGUAUUUGUUUGUAUUUAUGGUUUUUACUGUUACCGUGGUGUGUCUGUCGAUUCUUGCUAUUGGUGGGUAACAAGAAAUUAACAUGUUUUGUGUUGGUAAGCAACACUCAGAUAAGCUUUCUUGUAUUAUGCCGUUAACAAUUUUGCAAAUGACUGCAAAUGACAUUUCGUUUGACUAUGUUUAUCACAUUGCAGUGCUCAGUAUCAAUAAAACAAAACACCAGGUAGCGCAUAGUAACUAAUGGAAUUUUAAUUUAGCUAGUAAAACUGUGUUUACAUGAACUUGAUCCUUUUACGAGUUAGUGUAAUUGCUCAGUGGAAUGUUUAGAAAUAUGUGCUUUAACCAUUUUUGUGCAUUUCUUAUAGUGUUUUUACUAUACACUGUUCUCAUGUUGUUUAAACUAAUAUACAAUCAUUUAGUAAAAGCAUGUGUGCAAACCAUUUAUCACAAAAAGUAGACUCCAGAGAUUUCAACUAAUGAAGAUGUACGAUUACAUUACUUAGUUACCUACAGGUAUAAAUGUAGUUGUUAGAGGAAA